CUUUCAUUCUUUGAUUGUAUGUUACAUCACCAGUUGACAGUGCUGAACUAAAGGCAUUGAAAAUGGCAGAAACUCCAUCAGACAUGCCACAUUCUCAAAUCGUGGAAGGUUUGCGGAUCCCCACACUGUUUUCGGCUGAUGCCUUUCGCUCAGGCAUGCGUUACAAACCCCGCAAAGAUGACGUCAUCAUCGCCACCUUCCCAAAGUGCGGAACCACUUGGACUCAGCACGUGGUCGACCUUAUUUUUCGGCAUGGCGAAAAACCGGCUUCUUCAAUAGACGCCAUCAUGACACCUUUCCUGGACGCUGCUGGUGCCGAAGGGGCCGAGAAUGUGCCACGACCUGGGUCUUUGAAGUGCCACUACCCCUUCCACAUGGUUCCAUGGUCAGAUGACGCUAAGUACAUUUACGUCACCAGGAACCCUAAAGAUGCCUGCGUCUCUUUCUAUCAUCACAUGAAGAACAUUUCUGGAAUUGGAGUUUCUGAAAGUUUCGACUCUUUCUUCGACCGUUUCAUUGCUGGAAAUGUUGACUACGGAGAUUAUUUUGAUCAUCUCCUCGGGUGGUAUAAGCACAGGAACGAUCCGAACGUGCUUUUUAUGACGUACGAAGAGAUGAAAAAAGACAUUAAAGCAGCAAUUUUAAAAAUUGCUUCUUUUAUGGAUGAUAAAUUAUACGCCGAGCCGUUACGCAGUGAUCCGGAAAAACUCGAAAAUAUUGUUAAGUAUAGUAGUGUAAAGCAUAUGAAAGAAUCGGUGAAUAAGGCAAUGGAGGACAUGUUUAACACUCCAAAGGAAGAAGCCCUGAAAUCUAAUAUGCCAGAACCAAUGAAAAAGCUGAUAGCCACUCGAAACACGAGCGAGAAACAUAAUCCUAAUACAGGUAACUUCGUUCGUAAAGGAAUUGUGGGCGAUUGGCGCAACCACUUUUCCGAAGAACAAAGUAAACGCAUGGAUGAAAAAUUCGCUGAAAGAACAAAAGGCACUGAGAUUGCAAAUUGGUGGAAGGAAUAUAUGUAAGUCAGGCAUUCAAUAAAAGUAAUACUGAGUGAAAUUAACUAUCUUCAAUCAACAAAAUUCUCCAUAUUUUUUCUAAAAAUAAAAAUACAAACUUUU